CAAGUGUAAUUUUCCCCCACCCUCUCUAGGGGGAAAUGACACGGGUCCUCUUGGCGAGAGAGAAAACAAAGCCAAAAGCACAGAGCAAAGCUACGCCUCCUCCGCCUCUAGAAACCGUAGAAAACCAGAAAGGGGCUCGUGGGUCGUGUGAGUAGGAGGUCGUCUCGUUCUCACUUCUCUCAGCUAACCAAUUUACCAAUUAAAUCUUCCUUCAUCGAUUAUCGAAAGCUUAACUGCUAGUACGCCUCAGAUUGAGAAAAUAUGGAGGAAAUGUUGGCUAUAGUUCUUUCUAUGCUUCUUGUUUUGGCAUUAAUUCCACUUUAUCUAUGGAAACGGCGUCAAGAUUCUCGAUUGCCUCACGAUCACGAAGAAGAGCCGCAGGUUGCUCAGAGGGAAGGUGUAGUGCGUGCCACUGGUGCUCCUCGGAUGCGAAGGAGGCCGGCUUCUGGAGCAAGCACAUCAGCUGCCGCUGCUACACCAGUUGUAGAAGAAACUGUUGAUGGAAGUGAUGAGGAAGGCGAGGGUGAGUAUUAUGAAGCCAAAGCAUCUAAGAAAAGGGAAAAGAAGCGUCAGGAGCGGGAAGCACAACGACAAGCUGAACAAGCUGCACGUGAAUCAAGGAAUACAAAACAAGACCGCUAUGCUGAAAUGCGGAGGAGGAAAGAUGAGGAGCGUGAGGCACAGGAGCGUCAGCUGGAGGAAGAAGCCAAGGCUCAGAAGGCGAGGGAGGAGGAAGCUGCUGCCUUAGAGUUCGAGAAGUGGAAAGGAGAGUUUUCUAUAGAUGCUGAAGGUACUACAGAAAAUGAAGUGCAGGAUGGACAUCAGGAUUUGCUCUCUGAUUUUGUGGAAUACAUAAAGAAACAUAAAUGUGUACCCUUGGAAGAUCUUGCUGCUGAAUUCAAGUUAAGAACUCAGGAAUGCAUCAAUCGGAUUACCUCUCUGGAGAGUAUGGGGCGACUUUCAGGUGUCAUGGAUGACAGAGGGAAAUACAUAUACAUCUCCCAAGAAGAGAUGCAAGCUGUGGCAGACUAUAUUAAGCGUCAGGGUAGGGUUAGCAUUUCACAUCUCGCUAGCAAGUCCAACCAGUUCAUAGACUUGGAGCCAAAAGCACAGUUUGUCGAAGAAAUAAGUAGUGCGGCAGAGAUAACUGUCACUUGAUUUAGUUAAUGUACUUUGUACGUGUAAAGGACAAUUACGACAGUGUAAUGAAAAUUGUGGCAACCUGAAUUAACUGGAUAUGUAACUAAAAGAAAGGUGUAGGAGGUAGGGAUUUGGUUUUAAGCAGUGUUUUACGUGACCGCGAAUAUAAGAAGAAAGCUAUUCUGAGAAA